UAUGUCAUCUCUACUUCCCUCAUGUCUGGCUCCAGUGACACUUGUUUGCGAUGGCCAAACGCCCAUUGCAUACUGACCUGAUGCAACAUGUAGAGUGCUUGCAGAGUUCACCAUCUCACGCUGAAUGCAGACUGGUCUUGCCUCUGUCUCCGCGAAGCUCAACCGAUGCAGUGAAGCGCAAGUGGUGGUGGAAAAGUGAGCGGGAAGGAUGUGGGCGGCAUGGUGACAGUGACGCCCACCAGCCAAAGUUUACAUCAGCGGACAGACCAUGAGCAAGCCGCAGGGUAGUCGCAGCCCUUUGUAUCAGCCCAGGACGCGAGCGGUUUUGGCGUGGGCGUGUAUGUGGGCCUGGGUCGUGCUGGAGGUGUCGGCGGAGUGCCCGAAGGUCUGCGAGUGCAAGUACCGCGGCGGGAAGGAGCUGGUGGUGUGUCGCAACGCCCACUUCAUCGACAUCCCGCGCGGCCUCCCCCCCAGCACCCAGGUCCUCGACCUCCGCCACAACAACCUCAAGAUUCUUCCGCGCGAUGCUUUCGUGUACUCGGGCCUCGUCAACCUGCACAAGGUCUGGCUCAACUACUGCAAGCUGAUGUGGCUCGAGGACGGCGCCUUCCGCAAGGUGGCGAACGUCCUCGAGCUCGACCUCAGCAACAACAAGCUCCGCUCGGUGCCCUCGGGGGCGCUGAAGGACCUGGGUCGCCUGAGGGAGCUGAGGAUUGCGGACAACGAUCUCAGCACCAUCGCGGAUUCAGCGUUCAAGUACUCCCUAAGUUUAGUCCAGCUGGACCUUAGCCAAAAUAGAAUAGCGACCAUAGAACCCGGGGCCAUAAUGAUUCUCAAGAACCUAGAGGUGCUCAACAUAGCCGACAACAAGCUAAUAGCAUUGGACGGGAACGAACUGCGGCCGCUGUCUCUGCUGAGCGUCAUUCGCCUGGAGGGCAACCCGUGGCACUGUGACUGCCACCUGCGGUCGCUGCGGCAAUGGUUCUACGACCGCAGCAUGGCAGCGUCGGUUCCCCCCUCGUGUUCGAAGCCUCGCUGGCUGAUGGGGAGGGACUGGCAGCUUCUGGAGAACGAGGAGUUCAUCUGCGUGCCCAAGGUGACCGCCGUUGCUCCCAGGGUGCUCGCUGCCUACGGCGAAAAUGUUUCAUUGUUGUGUAAUGUAGAGACAGAGGUAGAGACAACCAUAUUCUGGCUGUUUGGCGACAGCCCGGUGUACAACGCGAGUGAAGUUGAGCAAUAUGAAGUCUCCGAACUUCUGGCUCCUAAUAACACGACGUACAUCUCCAACUUCACCAUAACGGACAUCGCGCCCGAGGACCAGGGCGUGUACCGGUGCGUGGCGGAGAACAGGGCGGGGCGCGGGGAGACCAACUUCACGGUGCAGGUCUCGCACGAAGUCGCUGAAGUUCGAGUGGCAAACAUUGAAGAGACUUCUUAUAUGACGGAAGGCCUACUCGGCGGAAUUGCUACAUCUGUAUCAGUGUUACUGCUUGCCUGUAGUCUUUUAUACUGUAAAUUUCGUAGUGCGAGAGUGCGUGAACCGGAACCGAAGGUCGAGGAGUCGCCCGAGCCGCAGAGCUCCACCUGCGACGCCCAGCACAAGUUCGCCGGCUACCACAUCAUCCCUUCGUGCGACUCGGAGGAGGCGCAGGCGCCGCGCGACGCCGAGGUGCAGCAAGCGUGGGCCUGCAGGGAGGUGUCCAGCAGCGACUCGAGCCGGCCCACGGAGGUCAGCAUAGAGCCCGGACUCAUGCAGGACCCCUCGCCACAGGGACCCAGCGCGCUGGCCAUGCCCCCCAGCAGCGUCUCAUUCGUCCAAAUCCCCAAGAUGGAAGCGGCCUACACCCUCAACCUCCCGGAGGAGCGAGGGCGCUGGAAGAACUUCACCUGCGGCAACAGAAUGUGCGGCCGCUCGGUGUCCCAGGCGUCGCUCCGGGACAGCGAGCAAUACCCCGACCUGCUGGACCUCCCGCACUCCCAGCUGACGCAGCUACAGAAUCAGCCGCAGCAGCUGCACGCGAUUCAGACCCAGGAUGGAGUUGAGCUUCAGACCACCAACCCAGCCUUCUGUACUAGACCGUGAGUAGAGAAAAGUCCAUCGACUUA